CAGUUUUGAGAAAAUUGAGUAGAAGUCAGAUGUACACGAAUUUAACUCCGUUAAAAAUAAAUUUUUCAACAGGAUAAAAGUCUUAAAAAACUUAACAAAUCGUAUAAUUUAAUAAAGAUAUCUUGUUUCUAUUGCUUGUCAAUGAAAUAUCUUCACCUAUAAGCGUGAACAGCAGGAAAUUAUCAUCGUAAAAUUUUAAAAGAACGUUAUUGGGUUUCUUCCCACAAGUAUUAAAAUGCCAAGGAUCGAUCCACAGCAAUUAUUACUAUGUUUAACACCGCUACUAGCUCCAAAUGGAGGAAUCAAAAGCAACAACGAAGUCAUCAGAUUAGCAAACUUAAUGGAAAAAUACAGCAAAAAGUUGGUUUCAAAAUGUAUUUACAUACAAAUUCUAAAGUGCACAGAGACAGAACUUUUGGGACAAUAUAUGGCUGCUGGCGGUUGGAGUUUAGUUCACAAUUGGCUUCAAGAUGGAAGCAACUCAAAUAACUGGCCUUUCGUUCAGGAACUCUUAGAAAUGCUGUUGCUUUGUCCAGUAGACGGAAAUCGUUUAAAAUCUAAUCAUACACCAAAAAUUAUUAAGAAUCUUUCGUUAACAUGUUCCAAUCAAACAGUUAAAAUUUUGUCAUCUAAAUUAGUUGAACAAUGGUUAAGAAUUGCUCACUUAGAGAAACAACAGCUGGCAGCUGUCAAUGGUAUUCAGAAUGGGAUUAAUGGUACAAAUGAAAUGAAAUUAAUGAAUGGAGCAGGAAAAGAAAAUAAAGUAGUGUUACAAAAUGAAGUGUCCAAUGGUCAAAUAGUAGUGUCAGAUCCGAAAUCAGAGGAUGAUACCUCUAAAAAGCAAUCGAGUGAAAAUGUCAAGUACAAAGUUAGCAAUAAAGAAGGGAGUGGAAAAUUGUUGCUAUCAUUGAAGCGAAGUACGAGUCCAAAUAGUGUCGAUGAGAAAGAUUCAAAAUCAGUGCGUUCCACAUCAGUUGAGUCCAAAUCAAAAUCUUCUUCCUCUUCAUCAUCAUCUGAUAAUAUUAAUAAAGAGAAAGAAAAAAGUAAAAAAUCAAGUUCAAGCUCUUCAUCUCAUAAAUCGAGCAGUUCCAGUUCAAAAUCUUCACACAGAGACAAAGAUCGUUCAUCUUCUUCAUCAUCAUCACACCGUAAAAGCUCAAGUUCAAGUAGUAAAGAUAAGAGUAAAUCUAGUUCAAGUAGUAAACAUUCGUCAAGCAGUAGCAGUAGUAGUAGUCGUGACAAAGAUAAGGAUAAAGAUAAAGAACGUGAGAAGCGUAAAAAAGAGUCUGAAAAAUCUCAAGCGGAAAAAGAUAAGGAAACAUUAAAUUUAGUUACUCCAUUGCCAUCGAGUAAGCUUCAAAGAAUCCCAAAACGUCAGCACAGUGACAAUAGUGAAAACAAAUCAUCAGAACUUAACAAGGAAUUGCCCCAUAAAAUACCGAAAACUGAAAAUGUUGAAAAGAAGAAACCUUCAAUAUCGAUUGAGGUGCGAAAAGGAGACAAACCAAAGACUGUAAAAACUUUAAAUUCACAAUUUAGGAAUCACGGUUUAGCUGAAGAGCCUCCAAAGCCUCCGUCGCGUAAGGAUUUGAAGAAACCAGCAACAACCGCCGUUACUCUUACAUCCCUGCCAUCAUCGAUAAGUUCAAAAUCAUCAGCAAUUUCACCACCACCCAGCAAAAAACUUCAUUUAGAGAAAGCUCUCGACACUGACAACGUUCCAGAAAGAGUUGGAGGCGUUAAACUGAUCAAACCUAAGCCGAUGAUUGUUGAAUCGAUUGGAUUCAUGGACGCUUUAGAUGCUUCAGCAAAUUCAACUAAAAAAGAUUCAAAGAAGCGUAAACGUUUGCCAUCAAAUUCUAAGAAAGACGAGCCUGAGUCACCAAAGGUUGAAGCUAAACCAUUGAAGUUCUAUAAAGACACGUUGGAGGAAAACGAUGAAGAACAAACAAAUGGCGAGAAGUCACCGACCAAAGAACUGGAAAGUGAUGAGAAGAAAGCGAAGAAAGAUGGCCAAGUUGAUGGCGACAAGUCACCUGAACAAGCGACAGAGAAGAAAGAAGGAGAAAAAUCUUCUGAAGACGUUGAAAGCAAAGCUGACAAGUCACCAGAAUUCCAAUCAGAAGAAUCAACGAUAAAUGAAAAGAGAAGGCCAGGAGUUGGUUGUGGACCUGAAGGACCUUCUUGCGUCUUAGUUGAUCCAAAUCUUCCACGUCGGAAAAAGCGAUCAAUUCGAUGGCGACCUGAUGAAGAACUCACCGAGACGCGAUACUUUGAACUCGAUGAAACUGAACGAACGAAUGUCAGCAAAACCUUCACCGAACAAAAGCAAAUCGAACAUGUUGGCGAACGCAGUGCCUUUCUACUCGGACGUAAGAUGCAGAAUGAAGACACGAUGGCUGAACAAACAACGUGGCGUAGUCUUAUUAUUGUUGAUAAUGUGCCUGAGAUAAAUUAUGGCUCAAAGAGUCAAGAAGUAAAAAUACAAGCUGAACGUGAAAGAAAUGUUUUACAAGAACUUUAUUUCCGUCAUUCAAUAAAUGAUUCACCUCAUGAGCCUGAUCCUGAGAGUUAUGAUCAUGUUGAGCCUCAAAUAAUUCCACUUGAAGAUCCUGCUGAAGGAAAUAAUCCUGACGCUUUUAAAGACUUCACAGCUGGUCAAUGGCCAGCACCAAAGACUGACUUACAAUCGACACUUGUGCCGAGCGCUUUCGGUGGCAUUUUCAAUCAAAUUAGCAUUCCACCAGCGACACCGUUAGGUCUUCCACCAUCGCUCGGCUUAAAUCCUAUCGUCAAUCCACUCGCAAGUUUUCCACCUUUAGGCAUUCAUCAAAAUCAACCAGCACCGAAUGCAAUGUGGAUGAUUCCACCAACGAACUUCGUACAACAACCUCCACCAUUUCCACCGCAAUUAUCCGGGUUUGGCAAUCGUAUUGGUAUGAACAACAAUAAUAACAACAAUUUCCGAGGCAAUGGUCGUCCACAUAAUAAUAUUAAUAACAAUAAUAAUGGAAAUUGGGUGAGAGGGAACGCACGUCGUGGCAUUUGCAAUCAAUUUCAGAGGACGGGAAUGUGUCGUAAUAAGAAUUGUCCGUAUAUUCAUGAAAGAUAGGAUUAAAAACGGAAGAGAAAAAGAUUUUGAGAUGAAAAGAAAGAAAAAAUAAAUUAAAUAAAAACUUUGAAAACAAAAUUAAAAUUGUGUCUCGUUAGUUUUUGAGUGCAAUUUUCAUUGCGUUUGUAGAUAUAGAAAAAGAAUUUUUCAUUAGAUUUGAACAUAUAUUAAGAAACUUAUUUCGUAAUUUUUAUUGUUAUUAUCAGAGAAAUUUAGAACGAUAAGCGAUUGAGUGGAA